CGCCGGCCGUUCCUUCAAUACCAUCAUGCACCACCACUGAGGAUACUCAACGGAAUACAAUAUUUUCCCUCCCUCUACAUCUACAUAGAACGAAUUCCAGCUCGGAACCAUAUAUAAAGGAUGUAACUUGCCUCUGAAUUCCAUCAGUCGCUGUAGUUUUACCAACAUGCGCGCAGAGCUCUCCCAUCUACUCGUCGUCCUUGCCUUCAGCAAGGACUUCGGUAAAGUAUUUGCGGCGCUGACUACGGGCGCGACUACUGGGAUCACUAGUGCUACCGCUACCUUGACCUCAAAUUCUGCUGCCUCUACGGUUAUUGCCACUCAGACUAGUAGUUUCCCUCCAGCUAGCUCUAGUCUUUCUCGGGACUACUCAUCGCAAGGUCUCGAGAGACUAUGGGAUAUGGUGGGACCAGUAGAACCUCCACCGUUCACUACUACCCGAGUUCCCACUGCGUCCGUUACGUUGCCUCCCUCUCCUCCGCCUUUAUAUCCGACAUUCUACGCCCCGGCUCCAAAAGACAUCCUCCCCGACCUGAAGUUCCCAAGCGGCUUCUUAUUCGGUGUCGAUACUGCCGCGUACCAGGUAGAAGGCGCGACCAAGAUUGAUGGCAAGGGCCCAACGACGUGGGAUUGGGCGUCGAGGCAACCAAACGCGAUCGCCGAUAAUACCACAGCGGACGUUGUCGACCUUCAGUACUUCUUAUACAAGGAAGAUAUCGAGCGAUCUGCUGCGCUGGGGGUCAAAGCUCAUUCGUUCUCCAUCUCGUGGGCGAGGAUAUAUCCUUUCGGUGCAGCCGACUCGCCCCUUAACCCUGCUGGUAUAGCGCACUAUUCUGAUGUGAUUGAUUAUCAUUUGGCUAAUGGAAUCGAGCCUGUCGUGACGUUAUUCCACUGGGACAUCCCUCUCGCUCUCCAGUCUCUUUACGGCGGUUUCACAUCCCCGAAUAUCGUGGACGACUACGUUAACUAUGCAAAGACCAUCUUCCAAGCAUACAAUGGACGCGUCAAAACAUGGUAUACUUUUAAUGAACCACGCGUCUAUUGCGGUCAAGUUGGUUCUUACCCCUUCACCGCAAUGCUCGCUCCAGGAGUCAAUGCAUCAAUGGCCCCGUACCAGUGUUCAUAUAAUCUGCUGAAAGCACAUGCCGCAGCCGUGAAAGCAUUCCGAGAGAUGGGAAUAUCCGGGGAAAUUGCUCUCAAGAACGACGAUUACAUAGGUACUCCCUGGCGGAGUAAUUUCACUGAAGACGCGCUCGCUGUCGAACGUCAUGCAGCGUUUCAAAUAGGCGUCUUUUCCGACCCAAUAUACACUACCGGCGACUGGCCUGAGAUCUUAACCGACACACUAUCACCCGAGUAUCUCCCGCGCUUUACCGAUGAGGAAAAGCAAGAUAUCUUAGGUUCAGCGGACUUCUACGCCACCGAUUGCUACCGUUCACAGUUCAUUCGAGCGCCGCCAGAAGGUAUCGAUGCUUGCGUUGCCAAUACCUCCCACCCACUAUGGCCAGUCUGCAAUGACCCGGUGUUUUAUGACUCUGGGUAUGGCUGGGCUGAGGGUCCCUCUGCAGAUCCGUUGUCGUCCUGGCUCCAGGCGACACCAGUAAACGUCCGCGAUGAGUUGAAAGAACUUCACACGCGGUGGCCGACGAAUAAACUCUACGUCUCUGAAAUUGGAUUUGCGGAGCCUUUCGAAAACGAUUGGACUGAUAUGUAUCGUAUCACAGAAGACGUCGCUCGAACAAACUACUUCCUCACGUAUCUUGGCGAAAUCCUGUUGUCGAUUCACGAAGACGGUGUCCCUAUCGAAGGUGUCUUUGCUUGGGCCAUGAUUGACAACGCGGAAUGGGCUAGCGGACUAUCUGCUCGGUUCGGGGUACAAUACGUCAACUACACUACACUGGAGCGAACAUUCAAGCGAUCGGCGUUGUCUCUGUCACGAAUACAAAUAGCCGAAUUCUUUGGCUCUCACCUUCAAGACUAA